GGAAAACCAGACGGCGGUGCUGUAAACCCUACCGAUCAUGGCGUCGAUCGAGGCUUCUAAUCCCAACAGAGCCCUAACUGACACUCGAUUCUCCGACCUCAAACCACCUCUCUCCGAACCAGUCCUCGAAGCCCUAACCCAAUCCGGGUUCGAGUUCUGCACGCCGGUUCAGGCCGCCACUAUCCCCUUACUGUGCAGCUACAAGGACGUCGCCGUCGAUGCCGCCACCGGCUCCGGUAAAACUCUAGCCUUCGUGGUCCCUCUCGUCGAAAUCCUCCGCCGCUUCACUUCUCCGAAGCCUCACCAGGUUAUGGGGAUAGUUGUAUCUCCAACAAGAGAGUUGUCAUCGCAAAUAUUCCAUGUAGCCGAGCCUUUCAUUUCAACAUUAGCCAAUGUUAAGCCGAUGCUUCUUGUUGGGGGAACAGAAGUGAAAGCAGACACGAGAAAGAUAGAGGAGGAAGGAGCGAAUUUAUUGAUUGGAACGCCUGGGAGGCUAUAUGACAUAAUGGAACGCAUGGACAUCUUGGAUUUUCGGAAUUUGGAGAUUUUGAUUUUGGAUGAAGCUGAUAGGCUAUUGGACAUGGGAUUCCAGAAGCAGAUAACCUCCGUUAUAUCAUGCUUGCCAAAGCUGCGUAGGACUGGUCUCUUUUCAGCUACUCAAACUGAAGCAGUUGAAGAGCUAUCCAAGGCAGGUUUGAGGAAUCCUGUGAGGGUUGAAGUUCGAUCAGAAACUAAAUCACUCAAUGAUUCGUCAUCAUCACAGCAAUCAGCCUCAUCAAAAACGCCUUCAAGUCUCCAUAUUGAGUAUCUGGAAUGCGAAGCUGAUAGAAAACCAGCUCAGCUUGUCGAUCUCCUAAUUAAGAACAAGACCCAAAAAAUUAUAAUUUAUUUCAUGACCUGUGCUUGUGUUGAUUACUGGGGAGUUGUUCUUCCGCAUCUUGCUGCCCUGAAGGGUCUCUCAAUAAUUUCUCUUCAUGGGAAAAUGAAGCAGACUGCAAGGGAGAAAGCGCUAGCAUUAUUCACAUCUCUUUCAAGUGGCAUCCUUCUGUGUACUGAUGUUGCAGCACGUGGACUUGACAUUCCGGGUGUGGAUUGUAUAGUGCAGUUUGACCCCCCUCAGGAUCCAAACGUUUUCAUUCACAGGGUAGGCCGGACUGCUAGGAUGGGACGGCAAGGAAGUGCCAUUGUUUUCCUGUUACCGAAGGAGGAAGCAUAUGUGGAGUUCCUGCGAAUAAGAAGGGUACCACUUGAGGAGCGAAAAUGUUCUGAUGAGGCUCCUGAUAUUGUUCCUCAGAUACGGUCUGCUGCAAAAAAGGAUCGUGAUGUUAUGGAAAAAGGACUCAGAGCAUUUGUCUCAUACAUUCGUGCUUAUAAAGAGCAUCACUGCUCAUACAUUUUCAGGUGGAAAGAGCUUGAGAUUGGGAAGUUGGGCAUGGGAUAUGGCUUAUUGCAGCUCCCUUCAAUGCCCGAGGUAAAACACCACUCACUUUCGACCGAGGGUUUUACUUCAGUAGAAGAUAUCAAUCUGGAGGAAAUCAAGUACAAGUAAGGAUUCUUCAAUGCUGUACUGUGCCUUAUUUGAGUUUACAGAGGCUAGCCAUUCAUGGCAGUCAAUCUGGAAUCUGUUAUAGGGUUUGAGACCUUUCAAGUGACUGGGCAUGUGACGGUAAAAUCUCCUAAGAUUUCACUUUCUGAGGGUUUGAGGUUCUCAAUGAAAAUCCAUUGUAUUGUAAUCAUCUUAUUAAAAAAGAAAACAAAAUUGUUGCUCUAGUUUUUUUGCCCCUAAAACAUGUUCUGUUUCCUAUAGUUAGCUAAGAUUGCAUGAGUUUUGGGACUAUGUUUGCAUAGUUUUUUGACUAUUAAAAUCAACUCAAAUGGAAUUUCUCUAGUCACUAAAAAAGAGUAACUAUAUUGUGUGGUACAGCAUCUGACACUUCGUUUUAAACACAACUACACAAGUAAUGAGGCUUCUGUUUUUGUGCGUACAUACAUUACCAAGAAACACAUGAUGUUGAUAAAAUUCAAUAUCCUCUUGUUCAUUUGUAUUUUUGGCUCAUCACCCAAACAUUUUACCCUCUAGGGAUAAAUCUCGGGAAAAACAACGAAAGAAGAACUUGCAAGCAAAGAAAGCUCUACAACAGGCACAACCAAAACCUCAGAAGUCUAAAGCGACCCUAAAUGCCGCUAAUAAUGUCAUGAGGAAGAAAACAGCCAAGCAGAGACGUGCUGUUCAAUCGGUUGAAGAUGAAGAUGAGAUGGCACGGGAAUACCGCCUACUGAAAAAGCUGAAAAAGGGUGCAAUUGAUGAAAGUGAAUUUGCAAAAUUAACAGGAACUGAAGACUUGCUUUGAAAUAUAACUUGAUCUUGGACAUCAAGCAGUAGGGAAAUUUAAGCGGGGCUGAAGAGAACAGGUAAGGUGGCAAGACCAUUGAAAAGCGAAUUUGCAAAAUUAACAGGAACUGAAGACUUGCUUUGAAAUAUAGUGUGAUCUUGGACAUCAAGCAGUAGGGGAAUUUAAACGGGGCUGAAGAGAACAGGUCACGUGGCAAGACAACGGAUGUAUAAACCUCUAAUGAGCCCCUGUUGUGACAUCUGCUGAAGUUUCCAGAUAUCUUGGUGACAAGAAAAUUGUUGCCAGAGAUAGAAAUAUCCUUCCUCUGAUCAAUUUUGUUCUGCGGCCUAGAUCAAAGAUGAUAUUUGAUGCUGAACUGGUUUGCUUCCCAAAUUUGUAUUUUUUUUUCUAAUUUUUUGAGUAGAACAGUUAUGAAACUUUUCAUAACUUAUCAAUAGCUUUGUAAUUUCCCCAUAACAUAAUUUUUGAGCUUUGAAAGAUGAAAUUGAAAGUUUGUAACCUGUUUAUGCUUACCAUUU